AAAGGCGGCGUUCAUUUGCAUAUUAUAAGAAAGGCUCCUAUAGAGAAAGUCACCGGCAAAUUUUCAUCCUUUCUUCUGCUGCAACCCAAACAAACUCCAAUACUACAGGCACGCUGGAUCGUUUUCGGGCGAGGAAACGGUAUUAUGGAUCUAGGGGAGUGCACGAGCGGCGGGUCGCUUCGCAAUCAUCUCUUUGCGUGGCAAGACUACUGCGUGUUUGCCGUCGUGCUACUCGUGUCCGUGGGUAUCGGCGUUUUCCAUGGAUGCUUUAAGGGAAAGCAAAAGACCACGUCCGAAUUUCUCUUGGGAAACAGAAAGAUGAGUUUUUGGGCGCUUGGUGCCUCCCUCACUGUUGGAUUUACAUCUGCUGUUGCCUUGCUUGGAAACACAGCCGAAAUGUACAACUUUGGCACUCAGUACGCCCUCACAUUGGUCUGUUUCCUUCUAGUAGUGCCUGCAACUUGCUACCUGUACCUGCCAACCUUCCGUGGUUUACAAAUCACAUCCAUUUACGAGUAUUUUGAUAGACGAUAUUGCAAUAAAACAAGACUGUUGAUGUCGACGCUCUUCUUAAUCCAGUCUUUGCUGUACCUUUCUGUAGUAGUGUAUGCUCCAGCACUUGCUCUCCGACAAGUUACGGGUCUUGAUGUAAUUUUUGCUUCAGCUCUAAUAUUUGCUGUUUGCGUUGCAUACUCAUCAUUGGGAGGCAUUAAAGCUGUUGUGUGGAGUGACACUUUCCAAUUCACAAUUAUAAUGGCAGCUUUGAUCAUGGUGUUGAUUCGUGGCUUCGCAGUGGACGCCAAUGUUUCCGAGGUUUGGCAAACCGCUAAAGCGACGGCGCGGAUAGAGUUAUUUAACAUGGAUUCGGACCCGCGUAUUCGCCACUCUUUCUGGACCUUGAUCAUAGGAGCGAGUUUUUACUGGAUCGCAAUGAAUUCUGCCACUCAGUCUUCUGUGCAGAGGUUAAUGACGGCGCCUUCGAACAAACAUGCCACUUGGGCAAUGUGCUUAAGUUGCUUGGGCAUGAUAACAAUUUAUUCGAUCACGUUUUACUUGGGCCUUGUAAUGUACCACCACUUUAAAGACUGCGAUCCACUGCUAAAUAAAGAGGUCGAAGCAACAGAUCAAUUGCUGCCAUUGUAUGUGAUGGAGAUUGCUGGAUCUCUUCCUGGCCUUCCUGGACUUUUUGUUGCAGGGGUAUUUAGUGCUGCUCUAAGCACGGUGUCGUCUGGUUUAAAUGCUUUGGCUGCGAGUACCCUGAGGGACAUUCUUGCUGGAGGCUUUCGGUACAAGCCAUCUGAUGCUAGAGGGGCGCUUAUUUCAAAAGGACUCAGCGCACUUUAUGGAGUGAUCGGCUUCGCUUUAAUUUUCCUUGUGAUGCAGUUGGGCGGAAUUUUGCAAGUUACUAUCAGUUUAAAUGGAAUGCUGGCAGGAGCAGCUUUAGGCACCUUUACCAUGGGCAUGUACAUCCCCUGGAGCAAUUCAAAGGGUGCUAUAGUGGGGACUAUUGUGGGCUUGGCCACGUCAUUGUGGUUGUGCAUUGGUGCCCAAGUGGCAUACUUUUCGGGCAGGUUGUCACUGCAAAGAAGGCUUGUCGGCACAGAUUGUGGAAAUUGCUCUUUUACAGUUCCUGUUCAGCCUGAUCUGGAUUUAGUCUUUGAUGGAUACAGAAUCUCUUAUCUCUACUACUCGCCCAUCGCAUUUGUGGUCACAAUAGUGGUUGGCGUGAUUGUCAGUGGGUUGACUGGCUGGGAAAAACCAGCAAGUCUGGACCCAUCCCUCCUUUCACCUAUAAUCCGAGGCAGAUUCAAACGCCGGUUAAAGGUUAUUGACCUCAAUUCCAAAGAUUCGGGAUUUUAAGGCAUUUUUAAGUUUGGAAAAUGAAAUUCGAAUCAAUUCA